AUGACUCUUCGGAGAACUAUGUUUAUCGAGUUUUUAAGCAGUUGCGCUACACUACGGCCACUACUUGGCAAGCUUUCAAGGCAAGCAAUCUUGUUGAUGACUCUUAUACUUUACGUCUUGACAUGCUACGUUUUACGGUUCAGGAGCCUCCGUUGUAUGAAAUCCCGAUUCAACUUUCCCGAUAGGGCCUCCUUGGCAUGGAUGACUGGUUCAGAAGCGCAAGCAAUCAUCGAACAUGCUUAUACCUACGAGUUCCCAUUGUUCUUUGGCCUCUCAUUAACAUAUGCGCAGAUGAAGACUUAUGCCAUUCAAAACAUUGCAAAACUUUUAGCCGCAACAGGUAAUCUUUCGAAACAGAGCAAAGUGUCCAAGAGAUUCGAAGAUACAGCGCUCAUUUUUGCCUGUUUCAUGCUCUUUCCCCCCGAUUCGCCGCAGCUUCACGGCGCAGUUGCUCGAAUGAAUUACCUUCACGGCCCCUAUAUUAGGUCGGGCAAGAUCCAAAAUCAGGAUCUACUAUACGUACUGUACGCGGCUAUGAGCGAGCCUGUACGAUUCAUCAGAUUAUACGAAUGGAGAGAGCUUUCAAUGCUUGAGAUUGCAGCGCAGGGGACUCUUUGGAAAAUGGUCGGCGACAUGAUGGGUAUCAACUACACCGAGGCUUUUGGUAAAGACAAUUGGAAAGACGGACUUGAGUUCUUGGGACAACUCGACCUCCUCACAUCCAUAUUUCCCAAGUUCAUGAGGUCUUUGAUGCGGCAAAUGGGCCUCGUUAUGAUGGGCGACAAGAUGCGUUGCUCAUUUGGCUUUCCGGAGCCAAGCACAGCAAUCUCAGCACUUACCCUCACCCUUCUAUGGUUGCGGCAAAUAAUGAUGCGGUUCUUCAUGCCCCCUCGACCAACCAGCCGCCGCUACGUCACGGAGCCCGAUCCCAUAACAGGUCGCAUGUACAGUACUCACUAUGUCAAAGACCCGUGGUAUAAUCGACCGACUAUAUGGGCGCGCUGGCGUCCUGCGGCAUGGACAACUUGGGCAUUCGGCGGCAUGUUGCCCGGCGAUGGCGGUCAAGAGAUGAAGCCUGAUGGGUUUUUAUUCGAGGACAUUGGGCCAAAAGCAAAAAUGGGGUUGGGUGCGGAGGAGACGAGGAACAUACAGGAGGUUGUUCGUGUAGCUGCCAUGGCUUCGGGACGGUGUCCCUUUGCUUUCAAAGAAUAG